UCCCCUGGACUGCACUUCAAGAGUUGAACAAUAAGUGGCAGGAGCCCAAGGUCUUGCACUGACUUUCAGUUUCUGAAAAGCUCACGAAAUGCUGUGGAUGCAGACUGACUCUUUGCCCCUGGGGCCAGAUCCACAGCUGGGGCACCAACGACCUUGCUGGCAGGACCUGCGUCCUAUCUAAGCAUCAGCUGGAAUUGUUAUCUUCUCAGCCUGACUGUUUCAGCAUCAGUUUGGAUUUACAUUUCAUUUUUCACCUGUGUAUCAGGAGAUACUUGUUGCAUCCUCUUCUGGGCUCAACUGUCCAUAAGGAGAAAUCCAAAGCAGUCAGUGCAGCAGGACUUAAAUUAUGUUACUGGUAUCAAGGGACACCUGUUUAUAGGAAGCUCUACUGGAACGGCGAAUUUGGAAGCUAUUCAACCUGUCCCAGCCCGAGCUGGGAGAGUUUAGGGAAGAUGGCGAGCCAGAGGGGAUAUGCCCACUGGGAGGGAGAAGAAGAGGAAGAUGGGAUGGCUGUCGAUGCCUUCCCUUCCCAUCCCUUGAGUGAAGCAGAAGAUGUUCAGGUGGAGAUGCUGGAGAAAGCUAAGGAGCUUUUCCAGCUGUGUGAUAAGGAGGGGAAAGGCUUCAUCACCAAGCUGGACAUGCAGCGGCUCCAGAGUGAACUCCCUUUGACCCAUGAACAGCUGGAAGCAGUUUUUGAAAGCCUAGAGCAAAACAAUAACGGGUAUCUGACACCUGUUGAAUUCAGCAUGGGAUUAGGGAAGUUAAUAGGGAUCGAUCUGUUCCAAGGAUGUGGGAGUACAGAUCACUCAAGACAUGAGGAGACCUUUGAGUCAGGCUGGUCAGAUGACCUGGAUCAGACAGAGGAUGAAGAAGAGAAACGAUUUUGUUCAAUGUUGGAGCAACUUGGAACAACCCAGGUUUUGGAGGAUCAGAGUGAGGUUCGGGAACUCUGGGCUCGGCUCCGGAAGGAACGACCAGAGCUCUUGGCCAAUUUUGAGGAGUUCCUGUUCCGUGUUUCCUCGUACAUCAAGGAGGUGAAUCAGGAGAAGGAAUCGAUGGAGCAGGCACUGAAAAGGAAGGAGACAGAUCAUGACAGAGAAGUCAGGUGCCUUUAUGAAGAAAUGGAGCAGCAGAUCAAAGUAGAAAGGGAGAGACUGCUCUGUCAGGAGUCACUGAGGCAUGAAAGGAGCAGCCUGCUGCAGAAAGAGCUGCGCAGCAAGGAGCAGGAACUGGAGAAAAUCCUCUACCGGCAGAAAAAGCUAGAACACCAACUGCAGUCACUGAACUCGGAGCAACUGGAGACCCGAGUGCAGAAUGAGCGGCUCAGACACCUGAAUGAAAGCCUCCUGGAGCAACUGGAGAAAAACAAGUGGGAGCUGGAGGUAGCCAGGGGCCAUUUGCAGAGGCUUCAGAAAGAGUCACAGAUGGAACAGGAUCAGAAGGACAGGGAUGUAUUUAGAGUCUCUAAGAACAUGCAGAAAGAAAAACAAAGCCUCCUGCGACAGCUGGAGCUCCUCAGAGAGAUAAACAAGAAGCUUCGAGAUGAGAGAGAUGCCUUUGAAGCCAAGAAGCUGGCACCUCAGAGCAAAAAGCUCCUGUUGAAGAAAGGGUCAAUGGUAGGAAAAUACAUCCCGGAGGACAAGCCAGUAAAACGAUUGAAGAAGGUGAAAGGAGGUACCGCAAGCUACGUGGAGAGCAGCAUCUCUGGCAGAGAGAGAGAGAGGCAGCAAAUGGCGGGGGACAUGGGGAAGCCAAGGAUGGUUCUGAAACGCAGCUGUAGGAAAACAUCAAAUGAGUUAGACAGUACUCCACUGCCUCCCAGAGGGCAACCCACUGGCACCGAAACCAUGGCACAGGAUCCAGCUGGCUUCUCCCCAGAUCGCAUCUUCAAGGUGGUGUUCGUGGGGAACUCAGGUGUUGGCAAGAGCUCCUUUAUCCAUCGCUUUUGCUAUGACAGGUCCUUGGCAGAGAUCAGUGCAACCAUUGGUAUCGACUACCAAGUGAAGAGUUUAAUGGUAGAUAAUGCACGAGUUGCCUUGCAGCUGUGGGACACAGCAGGGCAGGAGAGAUUUCGGAGCAUUACAAAACAGUAUUUCCGAAAGGCGGAUGGCAUCUUGGUGAUGUAUGAUGUCACUGCUGAGUGCAGCUUCACAGCAGUGCGGAACUGGAUGAAUAAUAUCCAGGAAGGGAUUGAGGAUGGAGCUGUGAUCUUUCUGCUAGGAAACAAAGUGGAUGCAGUAGAACAGAAGACCCAUGAUGUGCCUAAGCUGGAGGGCGAGAGGCUGGCAAAGGAAUACAAGGCUGUCUUCUAUGAGUGCAGCGCCAUGACUGGCUACAACAUUGUAGAGCCCAUGCUACAUAUGGCAAGAUUGCUGACGGCACAAGAGGACAAGCAGCGAGAGAGUGCCCUGCACCUGAAUGUUUACAGCAAGAGGAAAGGCUGCUGCUUGUGACUGCAUAAAGACCAUCCUCUGGCAACAGUUAUCAUGGGGGCACUCCUGACAGCAACUGCGGAUGGGAGGAAGUUCCAGGUUCUUUCCAGCAGAGAACACCAAGGCAUUAAAACAGAACAGCAGUGUGUGUGUGCAAUAGAGGAACGUUACCAUCCAUGUGGUCUCCUACAGCCCUGUCACUCCUCCCCCCUGCUCACCAAGGGUGCAUGGCCAGCAGUGGCUUGGGGUUGCAGCGCUGGCAGCAUAGAAGCUGGUUCUUUCCUAUGCUCUGGCAGCUCUCCUGUAAGAUGCUGAGGGUCAGGCUUCCUGGGCAUAGACAGAACCAUGUGGCUGGGUACCUGGGGCAGCUACCACAUACAGGGACAGUGCCUGGGGUGGCUGCCUCAUUGCCCCACUCUAGUUAUGCCACCGUCCCUGUGUGUCCAGCUACCAGGGGUGAGGAGGAAAUGCACGUAGACAAAUGAAGGGCACUGGUAUUUAUUCUGUUUUAAAUAAACUAAAGGCAAGUCUAACUGUGUAAUAAUAAAUAAAGAAAGGAUUUGUUUUAAAAUUUGAGGGGAAAA